GGUAGGAUAAAAGGUGGGAAUAGUUAUUUGUAUACAAAUAAGUAUACAGAUAUUUAUAUUGCUAUACAGAGAGCAAAUAUAUAGAUGUACUGAUAUCUUUUGUUUUCAAAUAGAUUUUAUAUUGUAUAUGUCAAAUAAAUAAAAGAUUGCAGUCAUUUCAAUUCGUAAUCUUCACUGAGUGCAGUGCAUUCGUUUCCAGUGCAUGCUGUUGGCUUAUAGUAAUUCAUGUAAACUGAUAUUGCUGCAGCUCUGUUCUCUGUCUGUCAAGUUCCACAUGUCGAAAAUAAUACUUCCAUUCGCUCAUUUCAAAACAAAAUGGAUAAUUAAUUGAUGAGGCUACACCCGGACGGCUAAUCGACACGAAAAUGCUUUUGUUUUGAAAACACAUUUCCGGUAAUAGUCACGUUAACGUUAACCUAACAAUCCGAGCGUCUCUCAGCACCAUCCAAACAUUAGCUUGCUAAAUAGCUUUCAGCUACCCAAACUGAAGAAAAUAGAGCGCUCCAUCCAAAUAAUCUAUGAGUCGCAAACGAAACCACAGUUUCACUGAAACGAGCUUGUCUCCUGAAGCCCACGGCGUCUUCAUGGAACCUCCCGGGUCAGUAAGUGCAGCUGACGGUGAUUUCGUGGAGCUGGAACCCGACGAAGAGCUUCUCUGCUCGGUUAGCGACAUCACUGAGCACCUCGGGAGAAACAUCACCGUAGUGCUGGAGACCGCGUUGUCCGAGAUCCGUAAAAUGGUCAGCAUCCGGAUAAGAGUAUUGAAAAUGGAACUUCGCGAGAAAAGCGAAGAAAUCGAAAUGUUAAAGGCACGAUUGGAUACAGUUCAGCGGGAUGGUAGGGACGCUUUUCCUGGCGUAGCGAGCGUAGAGCCGCCUGCAGAGGCUGGCUUCAAGAAACAUGACUUCAGCUCUGGAGCCAAGCACAACAAUAUCGACCCACGGAGAGCCAAAGCUCUCAUGUCCGGUGUGAAGAAGGAAAAUAUAGACGCCAUUUGUCACUAUCUGAUGAAAGACAAGAACUCGAGAGGAUGUACUGAAAUGGACGGAGACCAGAGCAACCAGGCCGGUGACAGGGAGGUUCGCCAAGGGCCAGACCCGCAUUCCCUUAACUUGUGGUCGGACAGCGGGAUGGCCGGGACCGUGUCUAUGCACGUAGAUUCCGAGUCCACCACAGAUGACAUCUUCAGCAUGCUCCCUUCCGGUAGCAAGCGAAUGUAUGAAUAUGAAUGGAUGGCACCAAUGGAAUACACUUCAGACCUGAAAGUUAUAAAGGAGCCUGAUCAUGAGAACGUCUGCACCACUGAGACAGAGAAUGAUGGGAAUGAAGAUGAGUCGACCACGAGGGAGGGGUCGAUACCUGAGCAAGCACAGACUCCGCUGUCACGUGCCCAGCCUUGCGACUUCUCUAUGGAGCCUCAGAGCUCUCCAGGGGAGGGAACGAAUCCUUUGGAGGACCGCACAGACAGGCCUGAGGCAGACCAGCAGUUAUCCAGUCACACCUACAUCUGCUCAAUGUGUGGGACCUUCUGCCCUGACUCUUUCUUUCUGGAGGAACAUGUAAAACUAAUACACUCAGACUCUGCUGGAGCUCUGGCUCUCCAGGCACUCCAGUCCACGUCCUCCACUACACCCUCCAUGGGAGAUAGCAGUGGUGAUUCUAGGAGGGCUGGUGGGGGCCAAAAUGAGGGAAGCACACAAUUUGGGUCUGUCGCAAACAUCAGUCAAGGAGGGGGUCCUAUAAAAAAGGAGAUCAAAAUAGAGGGUGGGUAUGAAUGUGGGGACUGUGGCCGCCGCUUCAACUACCUCGGCAACCUGCGGCAGCACCAGCGCAUCCAUACUGGAGAAAAACCCUUUGUGUGUCCAGAGUGCGGGGAGAGAUUUCGCCACGCAGCCCGCUUAAAAAGCCACAGGCUAAUUCACAGCGGUGCCCAGAGCCCCUUUCCUUGCCCUCAGUGUGGGAAAGGUUUCUCUGUGCUGUCAGGACUCAAGAGACACCAACGGGUGCACACUGGUGAGAGUCCAUACGCAUGUCCUCAGUGCGGACGGCGCUUUAAAGAACUGGGAAACUUGUACACCCACCAGAGGAUCCACAGCGGGGCCACACCCUACCGCUGUCAGCAGUGUGGGCGCAGCUUCCGACAUCUGGGCACCUACAAGAGUCACCGCUGCACCCCGGGACAGUAAUCGGCCUCUGCUAAUGUUCUCUACACUCCUAAUAGUAGGAAGUCUAAAAUGUACAUCAAAGAUGGAUCGUGAUCCAGAGUUUGAGUCAUAAGUUGUAAUUUUAGUGCUCUCUGAUGACACCGUGAGGAUGCUGGACAUGUGAAGACUCGGUUUUAUGAGAUGUUACCCCAAUGUUCAUGUUCUGUUAUAUUCAUGAUAGAGAUGUGCUUAAUGAGCCUCAGUGUCUUGAAUAAACUGACCUCAAGGCAAAAAAAUUGAAUUGUUCUUUAGCUUCCAACAGUAUUCCAACGCCUUUAUCACCAGAUAAAGUCUGAAAUUGUCUGAGAAUAAUCGGAAACCACCGGCAAAACGAUAUUUCUAUGAUCAUUAAGCAAACCACUGGUACAAGUUACCUGUCCUGCAGUGAGAUUGUCAAAGUUUUUUUCAUUGUAUACAUUGAACUUGCAAGAAGACCUAUGGUGUAUAGUGUAUAGUAUGGUGUUUAUGCAUAUAAACAUGACGGCAGGUGUGCCAUAGAUAAAUUCUCAAGGGCCUGCUGUCUUUAAAGUCAUUUUUAACCAUUUCCUGAAGUAAAGCACAACAUAUUUUUUAAAUUUAAAACUGCUUGAACAGACACAGAAACUUGUCAGUUUCUAUGUGUAACAGGUAAGGUCCUAGAUUUCUUCCUUUCUAAUGAUAAGAAUAUCAUAUUCACAGCCACAUUUCUAAAUUAUAGCAAAAUAUUAUAUUUGAUGGAGUUAUUAUUGCAUCCACAAGGUGAUAUAUCAGGCAAGUCUUUGGCUAUUUUUUUUUUUUUUUUUUCCAUAAUCACAAGUUCACCUGUAAUCCUGUCUAAAAAAAUGAGACAUUGAGAAUUAAAGCUAGAGUAUAAUUUCUUUCUGGAGUAGCUGCUGGUUUACAGGUUUUGCUUAUCAGGACAUAAGAAAUCUGGUCCUUAGCAGAGGGGUUGAUUUUAAUUUGCUGAGAAAUGAUUUUAUUCUACCAGAAUUGCAGCUCAUUGAACAUUGGACACACAUCAAGAAUACCUGUUCAGUCAUUAAAAUUAAUUUCAUUUUGAUCUGCUGACAAAUUAAGGCGAUUUACACAUCUCUUUUAUUAGCGUAUAGAUGUGUCCAAAUUAAAUCUUCAGAGCUCUGAUGUGCUCUCAAUGUGGAUAUAAAAAGCAGCACUAAGGGAACACUCAGAGCUAAAGUUACUAACUCGAAUUAAAAUAUUAAUUGAAGCACUCUGUGCAAUAAAACACCACAUUAAUAACUUUCUGCAGCAUUAUUCUCUCAUCAUGUCAAUAAAAAUGUUGCGUUUAACUUACAUUUUGUAUAUUCUUUAUAUUUAUCAUCAUCAUCAUCUGGUAACAUUUGUGAUUCGAUUGGGGAAAAACCCAGGAGAUCACUUUGUGCAGAAGAGUCAUAUGACGUGCAAAAGUCCCAUUUUUAUAUGAGUGCACACAGAGCUCUGCUUAACAGAGACAGCUGUUAAUCACUAUUGUGAUCAGUUAUUUCCAACUUGGGUUUUAGGUUUGUUGAACAAGCAAAGGCAAAAAAAAAAAGAAAAGCCUGUGUGUGUUGAACUUCGUUUCUGGAACACUGAACUUUCUGCACUUAUUUCAAAAGAUCCUGAAACAACAACGCGUUGUGAUAAUUUACCAAAAACUAUGCCAAACUGAGUAAUGGCGUAUGAAAAGCUAAGUACUCUCCAUGAACUCAGUAACUUGGAGAACCACUUGAAGAAGACGUUUUCUGUUUGACUUUAUCAGUCUCUUCAUCACAUUGUUGUGGAGGAAAUCUGGUCUACUCUUGUUUACAACGUUGGUUCAGUUCGUUGUUUAUGUACAGCUCUGCUAAGGCCCACCACAGCUUUCAGUCACGACAUGGUCUGGACUUUGACUGGGCCAUUGCAACACUUUCUUUUCUGUUUUUUAGCCAUUCUGUUUCAGAUUUUCUGGUGUGCUUGGGGUCGUUGUCCUGCUGCAGUACCCCGUUUCAGAAAAGCUCAUGACUGCUUCAAUGACUCCAAGAUACCCAAAGAUACCACUGCAAAACAAAACAAGCAGACCAAAUGAAUUUUUUGUUUUGUUUUUUUGUGUUUGUUUAUUUACAAUUUCUUCAUGUGAAUUUGCUGUGACAUCAAACCCUGGGUCAGUGAUUUUGAAUAUUAUCCGCUUGUGAAUAAUUGUUCUCACUACAGAAUGACAGAUGGAAUUGUUUGGAAAUGGCCUUUAACCCUUCCCAGAUUAAUGGUCAGCAACAGCUGCUUCUCUGAGUUAAUUGCUUUCCUCCUUAGCAUUGUGUAGACUUCUGAAAAUAUAAAUAAAAAUAAAUCUAACUAUAAGCAUUGGCUCCUCUAUUAUACACUAUGUUACUCCUCAAUAUAUUUAAGUAAUAAAAUGAUCUUUGUUACCAGGCCAGUAAAACACUGGUGUUUUUUAUGCAUUCAGACAUUUGAUGACAUGCUGGGAUAUUUGAAUCAGAAAGGCAAAGCAUUUCUUAUUUGACCGACAUGGUUGAAGUAUGUCUAAAUCAUGAAUCUUUGAUUACUAAAAUGCGACAGUUUGACACUAGUAGGUUCAUAUUAACUGAUUUGUUCUCAAACCUGCUGAAUCUCCAGGAUCCCUCUUACAUGUGAAACUAAAUGGAUGGACCUGACAAAGCUUUUGGACAGCACCACCCACAUGCAGACUGUGUAACAGCAACAAAACUUGGCUUUUGUGAUAUGUUUACUGUCCUGAUGCUACUUGGUGUUUAUAUUUAAAACCUAAUUCUACAGUGUGUGUGUUUGUG